AGAGAACCAGCCUGCCAAACCAGUAAAAACCGGUUUAUGCAAAACUGGGUCGCUUUGGAUACGGCUUGAGAUAGGGGGAAAAGAAAAUGAAACGAGCCCUAAAUCAAUCUGUUGACAUUCGCGAUUUUGUUAACCUUCCUUUGCUUUUCACUAGCUUGGUACCUCUUGAUUCGCCAUCUCAUCGAAUCAGGCACCGUCAAGCUCCGGAAACGGCUGGACUUUGAAGCCCCGGUCUCAUAUUUGUGGUAACAUUGACGUUUCUUAAUUGUUAUUGUAAACCCUUUUCAUCUUUAAAUUCUUUUCUUAGUGUUCAUAUAAUUUCAAGAAGCUAUUUUUGACACAGCAUAGAAUCAAAUAGUUGAUCUGUUGACAGUUGACAUUGUUAUAGCUGCUGCCUGCUGGAUUUUAUGAAUUGGAUGUCAUCUUUUGAAGAUAAUACACUAGAAGUUGGUGACUUGAUUAACUGCAAUGUUUUUGGUUCACUAUGGGAUUGAACAUUUUCUUCUUUUGUUCCUCUAGUAGUCAAAACCCUCUUGCUUUGCAAAAAUUAUAGUGCAGAUGUUAUAAGCUGAUCAGUUCCUAUCGUUUAAUCUUGUUGAAUUUAUUAGUGAUUCGGGCAUUCUGAUUUUUGUUCUUAAUCCGGCCAUAAAUCAAGUCAGAUUAUGGCAUACUCAGAACCAGCAGGAACAGAAAGGGAGUCAGUCCAGGAAAAUGCUGCUCAUAGGAAACCCAGGAUCCUACUUGCUGCCAGUGGAAGUGUAGCUGCUAUAAAAUUUGGAAAUCUCUGCCAUUGUUUUUCUGAAUGGGCAGAAGUAAAAGCUGUUGGCACAAGGGCUUCUUUACAUUUCAUUGAUAGGGCCUCACUUCCAAAGGAUGUUGUUCUUUACACUGACGAGGAUGAAUGGUCUAGUUGGAAUAAAAUAGGAGAUACUGUUCUCCACAUUGAGCUGCGGCGGUGGGCUGAUAUCAUGGUCAUAGCCCCAUUAUCAGCAAACACACUUGGUAAGAUUGCUGGAGGAUUGUGUGACAAUCUGCUGACCUGCAUUGUGCGAGCAUGGGAUUACAACAAGCCCCUCUUUGUUGCACCAGCCAUGAAUACUUUCAUGUGGAGCAAUCCUUUCACAGAGAAGCAUCUCAUGUCAAUUGAUGAACUGGGGAUUUCCCUCAUUCCACCCAUAACAAAAAGGCUGGCUUGUGGUGAUUAUGGGAAUGGUGCAAUGGCUGAACCUUCUCUAAUCUACUCAACCAUAAGGCUCUUCUUGGAGUCUCGGACUCAACCAGGAGAUGGAAGAGUUAGUUAGUUUAAUGUGAAUGUUCUAUUGUAGCUGCUCUUUUCAUCUUCUAAUUGUUACAUUGUUGAUCUUAUGAAUUGUCAGAUUAUGCAAGCCCCAUAUGCUAUAUGAAGGGAGGAGCACCAAAGUCCCCCCCAUGUAAUAGUCUCACUUAUAUAUGUAGUAUGUCUUAUGGAUAUUGUAUGCCUAGAAACACUUGUAAGAUUUCAUUUGAAUUGCAUGUUGUCAAUGGCACUCUGGCUAUUGCUUGCAGUUGCACCCCUAAAUCCAAGGUUUAAGGCACUUGGGUGUUCCAAUGUUUACUGGUUCAA